AUGAAGUUGUUAGAGUCGUGGGCGAUGGCGAGAUUGGAAGCUUUAGGCGUAGAUGGCGUGUUCGCACCUUACAUUGUGGGUAUGCUUCCAUCCCACGGUGGUAGCGAUGACAAUCUUGAGGAUGCUAAAUGUAGUAUUCAUCAAGUGCUUAUGGGUUGGUUAGCACCGGAGGAUGAGGAGCGUGCAUAUGAUUUUGUGGAUGAAUUGGCAAAGCUGUCUGACAAUCCAGCACAACUAACAGAUGCAGCUAUGGCCCUGAGCCAUGGGGACAAACGAAUCGAGGACGACAUUAACAAGAUGUUGGCUCAAGACGCAGAGCUGAAAGCAUCAGCACCUACUUUUGUACCACGAAAAUUAUCUUCGUCUGUAGUGACCGCGUUGUACCCAACGGGCAGUCCUGAAAUGCUGGGUAAGAGUUUUGAUCAGCCUUAUUCAGCUACUUCGCCUCCUCCGGCUUCGCUGUCAAUUAACGAAGACAGCUUCUUUUGGUCUGUGGCGUAUGAGUUGGUGAGCCACAUGCAACUCAAGUUUCCUGAUAUCGACCCCAAUAGACUAUGUGAUCUCUUGCGUCUUGUCGGGUUGGAUGUCGACAAAGCGCAUGCAGUGAUGAAGGCCACAAUUGAGCGCGAGUCUAUUGGACCUGGACAAGUUUGCCGUCAUUACCUACAAGGAGAGUGUCGUCGCGCAGACUGCAUGUUCCUCCACGAUACGGACAAGAUCACCUGUCGAUUCUGGCUGCGUGGUACAUGCUUGCAAGCAGAGCAUUGUGUCUUUGCGCACGACUUUUGUGAAUACUAUUCGAUGGACGGUGAUGCCCUUGGUCAGCGUGACUACGAUAGCGAAGACGAGAUGGAUCAGAAUAGUGAACUACUGGACAUUCAAGCUGAGGAAAUGUUCCCAGCCCUUCAAAGCGUUACGUCAGCCACUUCCACGUCAGUGCCUUUGUUACGUCAAGGUAAUGAUUGUCUGUCCUUGACAAAAACGAACUCGUACCCAUCGACGGAAAAUGUUGUGGCAAAUUUGACUAUGAACUUUGCUCGCGCGGUGGCAUUGCAGCCAGCACCGACAAAAUUUUCUGGUCGCCUACAUGAUGGAGGUAGUGACAUGCAGUCGUCGCGACGAGUUCCACAAUCGCCUCCAAUAUACCGCUCAUUGUAUCACAAAGCUGGAAAAAACGACGUCAAGUGGGUAACGACAGGCGAGAGUGUGUCGAGUCAGUAUCUAGAGCUUCGUGAGCAAGCACAUGAAAUGGCUUGCGCUCGAAAUAAGUGCUUUAUGGGCGCAACUCAAGCAUAUCGCAAUGGAAACAAGGCGCUGGCUAAAGAUUUGUCAAGACAAGGACAUGAAUACAACGUGAAGAUGAAGAAUUUUCAUUUUCUCGCGGCGUCUGAGAUCUUCGAGUCGCGUAACCCACCAAACCAACUCUAUAUGGAUCGAAUGAUGGAUCUCCAUGGACUUCACGUUGCUGAAACUGUUGAACUUCUUACACAAAUGUUACCAAAGCUUGCAGACGAAGGUGUGGAUAGCAUUCACUUGGUCACUGGUUCUGGACACCAUUCAAAAGGUUCAAAUGGCAAUGCACGUUUACUACCCGCAGUGAAACAGUUUUUGGGUGCUGAAGGCUAUCAAUACACACACGUGGCGGACGGUGCAGGUUUUGUGGGAAUGUUACUUGUAGAUCUGCGGUGGUAG